CAGCAGGACACGCCUCUGGGCUGAAUGGAACACGCGCCGUGCGAAACGUCCGACUUUGCAGCGGAUCCAAAAUUGUUUUGACCAGAAUUGAGGGAUUCUAACAAAUAUCUAAUCGCUAUUAUUUUAGUCUUUAUAGUCGAGUAAAUGCAGCGAUGACGCGGGAGGAGGAUCUCAUUCGGAUUGCAAAAAAACUGGACAAGAUGGUGUCUCGAAAUAACACGGUGUUUGGCGUGGGUUUCCAGCCAUUUCGCUCGCAAUCGACCCAGAGUGGGCAGCGCUAUUUGGGUCAACUUUAGUCAACACGUCGGAGGGCGCCAUCGACCUGCUGAGGGAACUGAAAGGUUUCAAUAUGACACUCAAACUUCUCCAGGAAACAAGGAUCGGCAUGUCUGUGAACAGUAUCAGGAAGCACUGCACAGACGAGGAAGUCAUUGCCUUGGCAAAGAUUCUCAUUAAAGACUGGAAAAGACUUCUAGACUCUGAGAAACCAUCUGAAAUGAAGAAUGGUUUGGAUUCCAGUAAAACAGUCAUGUCUCCAAACCGCUCCCCCUCUGAGACACAAAGCAGUCACAGGACACUUGAUGUCAAACCGAAACACGAUUCAGAUCCUGACCAAAAACUCCCCGAUAAACACAGGAAAGAAAAACAUAAUGUUGAACACUUAAACAAAAAGAGACACACAGAUGACCCAAGUGAUGAAAAGCACCUUGAGGAGCCCCAAAAUGAGAAACAUCCCAAAGAAAUCAGAAAAGAGGAGCAUUUAGAAGAACCCAAAAAACAACGCCACGUGGAAGACGCCCAAGUGGAAUUGAAUAACAAGAAACAAAAGCAUUUACAAGACCUGCAGAGUGAGAAACACAGGUCAGAACCUAGAAAAGAGAGACCGUUUGGAGAGCCGAAGAAGAUGAGACACAUGGAAGAAGUCAAAAAGGAAAAACACCCAGAGGAGCCCAAGAAGCACAGCCACACAGAUGACAUGAAGAAGGAUAAACAAAAAGACGAAAGCAGAGAUGAGAGACCGCUGACUGAACCCCAGAAAGGGAAACCUGCUUUUCACAAAUCAAUAUUUGAAAGGAAAGGAGUGAUGGACAGCAAUGUUCUGUAUCCCACCCGGUUCCCCUCUCCUCCUCGACCUGAUCGGCCUCCUCUCGUGGUCAAACGCCCCUCUGUGGUAGUAAAAAAAGACAGAAAGGACAGUAAAGACUCUUCUUCCCGACAUCCUCUUCCUCAUGCCUCUCAACCGAGCUCUCCGCCGGCUAGGCGACAUUCACUGGAAGUGAAGAAAGAGAGGAAACUUACACUGGACCCAAAUGCUCCAUUUGCUCCUCUUCCUCUCCACCUUCAUCCUCCUCCACCCAGAAAAGAGCCUCCUGACCCCAACGCCCCUCUUCCUCCACUUCCUCUUCACCUGCAUCCCCCACCUGCUCAACCCAAGCGUCCCUCACUGGACGGGAAGAAAGAGAGCAAAAAGGAGUUGUCAGACUAUAAACCUCUUCCGCAGAAGAAGACGUCAGAUCACGUGAAGAAAGACAGGAAAGACUCAUCGGAUAGCAAAGUGCCUAAAAAACAGCCGGAUGAAGCCAAGAGAGAAAGGAAAGAUUCAUCUGACAAACCACCACUUCCCAAAAAUCCCAGUUUGGAUGUCAAAAAGGAAAAACACAGAAAAGACUCCUCCGACUCAAAGCCUAGCCAACCUGUUAAACGUCAAUCAGGUGACUUCAAACCUGACAGGCGGGAAUCCAUUGAUUCAAAGAAAAGUAGCCCACCCCCUGCAAAGAAGCUAACAAUUGAAAGAAGAGAGUCUCACGGCUCUAAGACUUCCCUGCCUGGACCUCCACAGAGGAAGCCCUCUACUGACAGUAUUGAAAGGAAGGGCAAAAUUGAUACCCCUAAAACUCCCACCACUCCGACCAGCCCCAUGUCACCUAGCUUCAGUUCUGCCGGGGGUCCGUUGUCCCCUCACCUCGCUACCGGAGACUCCGUCAGAGACAAGUGCAUUGAGAUGCUGGCAGCUGCCCUGCGCACAAACGACGACUUCAAAGAUUUUGGAACAAACUGUGACAGCAUGGCUGCAGAAAUCGAAGAUCAUAUCUACCAGGAGACAAAGGCCACUGAUAUGAAAUACAAAAACAGAGUCCGCAGUCGCAUCAGCAACCUGAAGGACCCGAAGAACCCUGGGCUACGCAGAAACGUCCUCGCAGGAAGCAUUGACUUGAGUCGCAUCGCCAGCAUGUCUGCGGAGGAGAUGGCCAGUGACGAGUUGAGAAAGCUGAGGAACGUUCUCACCCAGGAGGCCAUCAGGGAGCACCAAAUGGCCAAAACUGGUGGCACCACCACUGACCUGCUGCAGUGCGGCAAGUGCAGGAAGAAGAACUGCACCUACAACCAGGUGCAAACGCGCAGUGCUGAUGAGCCAAUGACUACAUUCGUGCUGUGUAAUGAGUGUGGUAACCGAUGGAAGUUCUGCUGAUGUCUUCCAGAUGAGACCAGUUUUUUGUCCCAGCAUAAUGUACUGCAUUUUUUUUCUAUGAUUGCAGCUAAUAAGGUUAACAGAUAAUAGUGUCCUUACAAUUAUCACUUUUCUUACAGUUUGAGAUUUGUAAGCAUGAGCUACUAAUCAGGGUUUGCUUUAUGUGGAAUUGAAGACUGAGCAUAACUGUCAGAUGACUGUUAACACAUCGAUACUGAUUAGGGUGCUGUCGUGAUGGAAAGACCAUCCAGUUAAUAUGCUUUGCAUACUACAGCAAUUCACUUUGUAAAUAUCUAAUAAACUGAAUAAAUCAUCAGUACGAUGGCUUUUUAAACUCCCGUUUUAAUAAAGAAUUUUGACAAUCA